AAAAAUAAAGUAUAUUUGUGUUUAGAUAUCAAAGUAAGCUAUGAAUUAUUUUUCUAAUUAAAAUAAACAUUUUAACACGGCACCUAACCUGGUCUUAAAGUGGUGGCUUUAUCUUCAUCAAAUUCACACGAAUCUCAAAGGCAAGUCAACGCCCCUGAUGAACCAAAAAGCGUGCACGCUGUUCCAAACCUCACAGCUAGCAAGUCUAAGACACAAGUCUUUAGGUAACCGUUGUUGUAGUAAACGAUCCGGGCUAACAUUAACCCCUUAAACCACUUUUUAUUUACGAUUAUGCCACGCUAGUACAAAAUCACUCUCUUUAUCAUCAGCUUCUCCACACAUGUGACACAUCCCCAAGCUUUUCUCGUCUUCUCCCUCGCCGACUUUCAAUCCAUGGCGGCGAUUAAUCGCCUUCUCCUCGCUAUCUACACUCUCCUCUCCCUUUAUUCCUUGGCGACGGCGCAGUCGUACAUCGGAGUGAACUACGGCGAGGUUGCCGACAACCUCCCGCCGCCGGACGCGACUGUGCGGCUUCUCCAAUCAACGACGAUCUCCAAAGUCCGGCUCUACGGCGCCGACCCAGCCAUCAUCAAGGCCCUCGCCGGCACCGGCAUCUCCGUCGUCAUUGGCGUCGCCAACGGCGACAUCCCUUCUCUCGCCGGCGACCCCGCCGCGGCCUCCCAAUGGGCCGCUGCCAACGUCCUCGCCUACCUCCCAGCCUCCUCCAUCUCCGUCGUCGCCGUCGGCAACGAGGUCCUCAGCUCCGGCGAUUCCUCUCUCGCUUCCCAACUUCUCCCGGCGAUGCAAAACCUCCACUCCGCCCUCUCCACCGCCGCCCCAUCUGUCAAGAUCUCCACCGUCAAUACCAUGGCGGUGCUCGCCCAAUCCGAUCCCCCAUCCACUGGCGCUUUCCACUCCGAUCUCAUCCCCGGCCUCAAAGGAAUUCUAGGGUUUCUAAACGAAACCGGAUCUCCAUUCAUGAUAAAUCCCUACCCAUACUUCGCCUACCGCUCCGAUCCCCGUCCCGAAACCCUAGCCUUCUGCUUAUUCCAACCCAACUCCGGCCGCUUCGACGGCAACUCCAAGAUAAACUACAUGAACAUGUUCGACGCUCAGGUCGACGCCGUGCGGGCAGCGCUGGACGCCACCGGAUUCCCAUCAACGGAGAUCGUGGUAGCCGAAACCGGUUGGCCAUACAAAGGCGAUGACGGAGAGGUCGGAGCAAGCGUCGACAACGCCAAAGCUUUCACCAGCGGUCUGGUAGCGCAUCUGAGAUCCAUGGCCGGAACGCCGAGGAUGCCAGGUCGUCCCGUUGAGACCUAUCUCUUCGCCCUCUACGACGAGGAUCUCAAGCCAGGACCGACCUCAGAACGCUCCUUCGGCCUCUUCAAGCCGGAUCUCACCGCCACCUACGACGCCGGCCUCUCCCGCUCCGCCUCCUCCACCCCCACCGCUCCCAGCGCCGUCCCCAAGGGGAAGAAAGGGACGAUGGGAUGGUGCGUGCCUCGAGAUGGGGUUUCGGAUGAAGAGCUGCAAGCUGACUUGGAUUACGUGUGUGGUACGGCGGCAAUGGAUUGCCGUCCGAUCCAACCAGGUGGUGCGUGCUACCUCCCGAACACCGUCCGAUCACACGCAGCGUACGCGAUGAAUGUUUUGUACCAGACUUCCGGCCGUAACCCUUGGAACUGUGACUUCCGCCAGUCCGCAACUCUCACUUCCACUAAUCCCAGUUAUGAAGGAUGUGUGUAUCCAGGAAGCCAGUAAGGAAGUGGAGGAAGGUAUCAACCAGUGGAAAAAAUACAGAAAGAAUAAGAAUUAAAAAGAUGGUUCUUUGUUUUGGGGGUUUGAUGGUGAUUGCAUUGGAAUAAAGAAGUGGAAGGGGUGGUGUAUGCUUUUUUUUUUUUUUUUCUUUUUAAUUAUUGUUAUUAUAUAUAUAUAUAUAUAUAUACUCAGUUUGUGAUAUAAUUGAGGGGAUGGGUGUAUUAUUGAUGGAAAAAGGAAAGAUGUGUCAUUAUAAGGAUGUGACUUUUUGUGCUAAAUUUGUUUUGGUGAAUGCCAGGCAGCAAAAGGUGUGGGGCUUUUUUAUUUAUGUUCUUGCUGCUGGGGUUGUAGGUUUGGAAUUAUUAAAUGGUUGAUGUGUAUGUAAUUAAUUAAUUAUGAAUAGAUUUUUAACUUAUGUUUUGUCUGCUAA